AUGAUUCGAGUGUUGUGGUUGUUUUGUGCCCUUGCCGGGUUAACUUGGGGAUCGACCUCAAUGAGGCAGGAUCCUACGGGAGACGCGUCCUGUCAACCGGACAAAUUGACCGUGUACAAAGUGGUGUUGCACACGUUCUGGAGCAGGGAGACUUUCCCGAAACAUUAUCCGGAUUGGAGACCUCCUGCUUCUUGGUCUAAAGUUUUCGGAGAAAAUAAAAUUGUAGUUAUGUUAGAAGGUCUUCAUGUCAAAAUAGCAUUGUGGUCUGCCAUCGGAAGUCUUCUAGACGGAAGUGUUAUUAUAAAUAUUUUGAUUGAUUCUUCUACUGUAACUAGUAGAAAGGCCGAUGCUUUCCUGAAAGUCAGCCACCAACCAGAAGAACACAUCAGCAGAUUUGUAUAG